GUAAAAUAAAAUGGCAGACGAUGGAGGUGCAGAUGUAAAUAUGAUGCUCUAUAUUAUAAGAAAGGAGAAUAUAUUGGAGAGGAAGUAGCCAAGGCAAUUGACGACGGAAUCAAUGCUGUGUUCUAAUUAAAAGAAGGGGAGAAUCCUCCAGCCGCUUUAAUUUAUUCAAAAGAAAAGGUUAUUAGUUGGAGCAAUCAAUUGUUGGACUACACAAAUAGAAAUUUGAGCAAAUUAGACAAGCCAUUCAAGUAUUGUGUAAGUUGCAUCAUCUAAUAAAACAAUGAUUCAAAAUUUACAGUUGCACGUAUUGAUUCAAUUAUAAUAAAUAGUUGGUGCUAGUUUUGAUACAAACACUGAUGGUAUAUGUAGUGCAUAAAGAGAAAUCAAUGACAUUGUAAUUAUUAUAUCUGUAUUUGCAAUGUUAAUAUGAAAUAUAUUAAGC